UAUUUAUAUGCCCUUCGCUGAUUUUACCAUUCUGACUUCCGCCUCGCCUGGAUCUCUCCCUUCUUAUUUUCCUUGGUUUCCCCCUUCCUCCCCGCAUCGAAUUCUAUGGCUGACCAGCUUACCGACGAUCAGAUCUCCGAGUUCAAGGAGGCCUUCAGUUUGUUCGACAAGGACGGCGAUGGUUGCAUCACCACCAAGGAACUGGGGACUGUAAUGCGGUCACUGGGCCAGAACCCAACAGAAGCUGAGUUACAAGACAUGAUCAAUGAAGUUGAUGCUGAUGGAAAUGGAACCAUCGAUUUUCCUGAGUUUCUUAAUCUGAUGGCUAGAAAAAUGAAGGAUACCGAUUCAGAGGAGGAGCUUAAAGAAGCUUUCCGUGUGUUUGAUAAAGAUCAGAAUGGGUUCAUUUCUGCAGCCGAGCUCCGGCAUGUAAUGACAAAUCUCGGUGAGAAGUUGACAGACGAGGAAGUUGAUGAAAUGAUUCGUGAGGCAGACGUGGAUGGCGAUGGGCAAAUCAACUAUGAGGAGUUUGUCAAAGUCAUGAUGGCCAAGUGAGAAUCAAUCAACUGAAACCUUAAACCUCCUUAAUCUGCUUGAAAAGGAAGAGGGAUAUGGGCAGAUAAGUUGAUGAUAUGACAUUUUGUUUUACUAUCUAUUUUUGGGUGUCUCUCGUUUCCAUUAUUUGCGGUACUGUCUCUCAGUAUCCUGUUUUUUUUUUGCUGCAAUGAUUUCUGUAGUUUGGCAUGGCUGUUCGUGUCGGUAGUUUCUUUAAUUUUUAAAAUUUCUUUCUACAUAUAAUGCUAUGAACCUAGAACAAUUGGUUGAUCGAAUCAGAAGAUUUUGGUUGUGGGAAAGUUA